AUGCUUUGGCAAAGAGGUACUGAAGCACCGAUGGACACCUCGCCUCCAGGGCCUCCUCCACUAGCCAGCAUAUUUGAUAGCAAUGGGACUCAACAAUGGUCAAGUCAACCUUCCACUUCACAGCUUCCGAUGGACAUGGACAUGACCGAUGUAGAGAUGUCGAGUCUAACUCCACCUUCCAACAAAGUCACUAACCUUCGUGCACACGUCACACACCAGGCCGACGAGCUAGCGGACGACUCAAUGACCAACAUCGAAGCUCGUUCUAACAGCGCAUUCUUCAAAACAACACCGUCGCAGCACAUCCGUCGUAAACGUAGCGUCCUUAGCAGGAAGGGAAAGCGACUAGCACAUCUCCAGAGUCGCGAGCUCAUCCCAACGUCUCGCGGGUUGCCACCGAAUGAAGGCGAGGACAGCUACGGCACCGAAGAAAGUGAUGACGAGGACGAAGACGAGGACGAGGAGGAAGAUGGACAGCAGAAGACUGUAAGCCGUCGGAAAGGCACACCGAGUCGGAUGCGAUCCAUCACCAAGUAUGCCGUCAACUACAUUCUCCCAAACUCGGUCGCACCGAUACCGCAUCAGCCAACGGCGUCCUCACCAUCGGGUGUGCAUCACAUGGACAAACCAGAGCUCUUGCUGGGCUAUGCACAGCUUGUAUUCAAUGCCAGCAUCCUCUCGGCCUUCCUCUACCUCCUGUUCAGUAUCUUUCGCACCGUGCAACGAGAUGUCGCUGAGAAAGUGCGAGCAUACGAGAUGGACACGCUCUCGGAGAUUACGGCUUGCGCAACAGCCUACGCAGCCAAUCGAUGCGGUACCGACCUGCAGGCUCCAGCACUUGCGCAUGCCUGCAAGAAUUGGGAGCGAUGCUCUGCUCGUGAUCCGGCUGUUGUUGGCACUGCACGCGUAACUGCCGAAACAUUCGCAGAAAUUUUGAAUGGCUUUGUCGACUCGGUCAGCUGGAAGAGCAUGUUCUUCACGCUCAUCUGUUUCUCAAUUGUUGUAGGUGCCACCAACUCGUUCUUCUCCUUCUUCCGUAUCAAGACUCGUUCACGCUCUCGAGAGUCCGAUCACAGUGCUCAACGAUCACAGCAAUCAGCAGCAUCAAGUAACCCAGCGCCAGCUUCGCAUGCAAUCGCCGGGGGCCGUGAUCAAGGCAGCAGGCAUGCCAGCGACAUGCAUCCAUACUACCAUCCACAGCACGCUCCACACUAUGCCUACCCAGCAUGGCAGCCACUUGCUCCAUCAACGCCUUCACGCAGACGUACACGUCACGACGCCUAG